AUGUCUCCGUUUACUCCCAACGAACGUCAGAGACGAAUUCUUCAAUUGUCUUCAGAAUGGGGCGUCAUAAUCCCGCCCGCCCCCAAACCUCUUACCAAACCGUUACAAAUCCCCACGUUCCAAGGCCCUGGAGACGAUGAAACGGCGGAGAGCUUGUUGCAAAGGCGAGCGGCCGAUGCCGCCCAACUACGACCAAAAGGCAGCCUAUCGCGGGCAUUUUCCACCUCAAAUCUCAAGAAGGGCAAACACUGGGACCCUCGCGACAUAAUCGAGGCUCUGGCUACGCAUGUCGCUAAUAGCGGCUCGCCGGGCAUAGCCGAAGCCCUGAUCGGAAAGCUCUCCGCUGCGGGUGUUGACUUGUCGGGAAACCAAAAGCAGAAAUCUAGCCUACUAGGCCGAAGGAAAAGUGUCGAUCUUCUCCCCGACCGUGCCCGGCUGCUCCGCCUCGCCACCGAGAGCGGCAGCGCAGACAUGGUUCAAGUUCUCAUACCCCAUGCCGAUGCACUGGCUAUUGAUGCCAGCAUUCCCGCUGCUAUUAGGAAAGCCGAUUUAGCAAUUGUUGAACUAUUGCUGAAAUAUGGAGCCAAUGUGGGCGAGACAGCCGACGGGCAGGACGCCUUUCGUCAAGCUUGCGCCGACAACCACAAAGCCAACAUGAUUGGCGUAAUCCUCAGCUCGACGGGGAGGCCGUCACCAGCCAUGAUUUCCCAAGCAAUGGGCGAUGCUUCUCGAUCCGGCUGUCUGGAUAAUGUCGUGCAGCUCAGCCGAUCUACCGCAGACGGUAAUUACAACCAGGGCGAGGCACUCAUUACCGCGGUUAACAUGGGCCGGCGCGAUAUCGCCCUGGCAAUCAUUAUGGGUAACAGACCGCCGCAACCAUCUUCGCUCAACAGCGCAUUCAUCACACUCUACUCACACCCCUCUAUAAGUCCUGCCACCAAGCUUGACAUCGCCGAGCUUUUGUUGUGUGCUGGCGCAACGGGUGAAUCGCCGGCAUUGGCUCUGGAGCAGGCCUGCAAAUCCCAGUUUUACGACAUGGUGUUUCUUCUCUCCGCAUACAAUGUCUCUAUCGAGUACAAUGAUGCUUCUGCACUGAAGUAUGCCAUCACAGGUGGCGAGAUGGAGCUUGUGGAAAGGUUACUAAACAGCGCGGCGCCAUUAAAUCCACAAUACGCAUCCUCCUGCGUGGCCCUCAUCCCAAAGCAGGCUUCAUUCGAAGCGCGAUACUCUCUCCUGAUACAGCUUCUGCACCGUGGUGCUAAUGGACCGGCUCUGAGCCAGUGCCUGAUCGAUGCAGCCGAGUCAGGCGACCUCGGCUCGGUUGACCUGCUUCUCAACCCACGCUUUCCCCAGCAAAGCAACGGAUCUUCAAAUGGGAACCCAUCACUGCUUAAUACACAUGCAGUGGCAUCGGUGGAUUACCGUGAUGGUGAGGCAUUGCGCACUGCUGUUAUCCGAGCCGACGCGCUUUUGGUCCAGAAGCUCCUGAAAGCUCGACCAUCGCUACAAACCAUCACAGCUGUCUUUCCCCUGACGAGAAAACUAGCAGUUCAAGAACGUCACCAAAUAGUCAGCUUAUUCUUGGAGGGUAGCCUUUCCGGAGACUGUCUUCAUGCCGCCCUCCAAGACGCCCUCACGCCGCCUCAAACCCAACGGGACGACAAUCUCAUUAAGCAGCUACUUGCUAGUGGUGCCGAUAUUAACUACGGUUCUGGAGAGGGCCUCGUGCCACUCAUCAAACAAAUGGACUUGGGCCUCCUUUCCCUCAUGAGUUCGAGCAUCUCCCCUCAAACGGCAUCUUCGCGUAUUGCGGAUGCGAUGAAGGUUCCAGACCAUCGGUCACGAUAUGAGAUUCUCAGCAUCCUAUUCAAAGCUGGUGCAACUAUCGGUGUAUCCGAGGUAGCUUCCGCGACCCUGGAAACAUUAUCCGAGAAGCCGGUCGACAUGUCACUUCUUCGACUGUUGCUUGAAACAGGCAGCGCCGAUAUUAACGGGUGCGAUGGCGCUAUUAUCGCCAAGGCAAUAGAGAAUCCAGACCCGAAAGUCCUCGAGCUUGUCUUGUUCUUCGGAAACCCGUCCGCGACGUCAAUAAUACACGGCUUGGAUGCACUGGCCCCGAAGCUGUCAAAUGAUGUCAAGAAGUGGAAGUUUGAGGCUAUUCUAUCCAAAUCAACAAAGACAAUUGAUUUGAACCGGGUCCUUAUCCUUGAAAUACAAUCGCUCGUUGAAUAUAGUGCAAAACAGCCAGCGUUGGACAUUUUGGGGAUGCUCCUGAACUACAAUGCUGACCCGAACGCUUUUAAUGCAGCCUCUCUCUGUCAUGCUGUCAUCGCGGCAGAUACCACAAUAAUCAGCCACCUUCUGAAGAGCCACAUAGCAGCUAAGCCCAUCUCCUUGGGUAUCGCUUUGCCACAUGCACUACGCAUUGCAGAUCAAGCUGCACGCUAUUCUGUCACAGGGUUGCUUGUCGGUGCUGGCGCACCCCCGGUGGAGGUCAAUAGAGCCCUCCAGCAUGCUAUCAAAGUAUAUUCCCAGGAUUUAUCACUUAUAGAGCUUCUUUCUUCCAAAGCAGACACUGGAGAUGGCGAUGUGCUGUCCCUUGCUGUCGAAAAAGAGUCUCCGGAGCUCACGUUGAUUCUGCUCAAGAACGCAAAAACAUCACCUCAGGCACGCAGCACGGCUCUGACAAGAGCGAUGGACAUUAAACCCCGAAACAUACGGCACGAAAUAUGCAAGCAACUUCUGCUUUCCGGUGUACCCGCGGAUACCGCCUCCAUUGCUCUCUUAGUUGCAGCGCGGGAUGGCGAUGUGGCUCUCGGUGACACUCUGAUGGCGCAUGGCGCAAGUAUCACUACAAACAACGGACAGGCAAUUAUAGAGGCCUGUCGUGGUGGCUCCAUCGACGUUCUUAAAGUCUUGCUGAAACCAGAUGGACAGAUGUCAAAGGCGACGCUGAACGAAGCGUUCCAGGCUGCCACCGAAGUGCGCGACCUCGAUAAGCGCGCCGUGGUAUUCAAGUAUCUACUCCAAUGUGGCGCAUCUGGUGAGUUCAUCGAUGCGCAACUUCAAUCCGCGGCGAGAUAUGGCGAGCCCGGAGAGAGUCUUUUGAAGGUUCUACUUGCGGCUGGAGCAGAUCCCAACUACAACAGCGGCGAAGCCGUCGCUGCAGCCACGCGCAGCGCCUUUUUACGCAGUCUACAGUUGCUUCUAGGUUUAUGGGAUGACGCAAAAAGUCAGGUAUGCAACAAUGGCUACUACUUUCCUCCUUUCUUCUUUGUGCUGAUAACUACACAGAAGUUACCCUCGCAGCCUACGUUAACUCGCGCAUUGAAAGCCUCAUGGAAUCUCAACCGCGAUACCCGCUAUGCGAUUACUCAAGAUUUAGUGAAAGCUGGCCUUCAACCAUGCGAAGACCUGCACAUUGUUCUCAAUGACGCAGUCAAUGAAGAAGAUCCGGAAGAGCGCCUAGUACGGCUACUUUUGGAGAACGGGGCAUCUGCUACUUCAAACAGCUGCAAGUCCUUAGUAGAUGCCGUGCAGAGUAUGGCGUCUUCCUGCCUUUCACUCAUGCUGCAGCACGACAUUGCAGCAAAGGAUAUAAACCACGCUUUCAAUGGGGCAUUUACUGGCGAGACCUUUUAUAAGUGGCUCACCCCCAGAGGUCUUGAAACUGCUCAACUGCUUCUAGACAAAGGUGCCAGUGGGGACGCUCUGAGCAACACACUGCUGUUAGUCAUGCAAAAGUCUACUCCGGAAAACAGUGAUCUCGCUGAUAAAUUUGUCGAGACCCUGGUAUCCCAUGGUGCUGACGUCAAUUACAAUCGCGGCCUGCCGCUUCAACAGGCUGCCUCUGUAGCCAACAUUGACUGGACACAAAAGCUUCUGAGCUGCAAGCCGACAUCAGAAACGUUGUCUCUAGCCUUUCAGUGCAUAUUUGAUACAGCACUUAGCCAGGAGGAAGUGCUGGGCUUGUUUAAGCUCUUUGCUGAGUAUCGAGACGGAGAUGCUCAAAUCGACGUCAUGGUCACCCUGCAAGGCUCUGAACCAGUAUUGGUGCGCGCUAUGAAGCAAUAUCCACGUUCCCCAAUGAUUAUAUCAACGUUGCUCGAUGCAGGCUAUUACCAUGAUCAACUCACCACAUAUGCCCUCCAUUCCGAUGUUGGCGGUGAAGAGGUCACCCUGCUCCUCUGGGCCAUCGCUCAACCGCAGAAGCGAGUUGGCACAUCCGUCAUUGAACUUCUUAUUGAGCGGGGUGCCAAAGUCAACGUGACCUCGUCCUUAUCUGGCUCGACGCCAUUGACGCUCGCCGUUUUAAAACGUCGUCCAGACGUAGUCAAGCUGCUGCUCAUUGAAGGUGCAGAAGUCGAUGUCAUCGACUACAAGGGUCGCACACCGCUAUCCAUGGCGACAGACAUGGAAGGGGAUGUCGCCGUGCAGAUGAUGUCAAGUAUCCUGGCCGCGGAACCCUGCCGCGACGACGGGUCCCUUCAUAACGCCGCGCGGGAGCUAAAUCUUGCCGCGGUUCGGGUCUUGGUGCAAGCCGGCCACGACCCCGACUUCCCCAGCCCGCUCCAUAACGGCCGAAGCGCGCUCGGCGAAGUCUGUCUACGGGCCGCCACCGGUGCUGAAAUGUCGCCCGAGCGUGAAAGGCUUACGCAAAAAGUUAUGACGUUUCUCAUCGACUCCGGCUCCGACCUUGCCAUCCAAUCGCACGGUAAACCGCUCUUGCACCUCUGCUUUACUUCGUUGGAGCCCAUUGCCACGACGCGUGCGCUCUUGAAGGCCGGUAUGUGGAAGCACAUCAACAAGCCCUUGAAUCGCUUCACGGACGAGAACUGCACAUACUCGCCCACCAUGUACGUCGCCAAGGCCAUGCCGUCGCUACACUGUCGCGAGGAGUUACUCUCCGUGCUGCGCGCCAGCCGCGCGACUGACGUCUACUACGCGACCAGCGGCGACGCUCAGCCUGAUGAUGCUGUCGGUCUCCCAGACGAUAUGGCCGCCGCGGAGCGCACCCGCCGCGCCCGGCUUGAGCGACUCGCGCAGGACACCGAGGAGCACGCCAUUGCGCUCGCCCGGCGCCGUGAGAUCUCUAGCGUUGAGCAGCAGAUUGCGGGGCAAAAGGCCGAGAUGGAAGACGCGCGGCGCCGCCGGCAGCAUGGCGAAGACCUGGCGGCUGUGCGCACACGUGCGCAGCUUGAGGAGUCCAUCGCCGCCACGACCCUCCAGCGGCGCCUGGCGGACCAGCACGCUGUCACCGAGGCAGCCAUGGGCCGGACGCGUGCGCUAGCCGCCGCGGAGGCGGACGCCGAGGAGGUGCGCCAGCGGAAAGCGCUUGAGUGGGAGACACGCGUCAGCAAGGAGCGCGCGGACAGUGCGCGCGCACUCAGCGUGAUCCGGGUGAGCGAGCGGGAAGAGUUGGAGCGCGUGGAUCGCGCGGCGGAACAGAGGUUGGCGAAGCGCAUCGACGCACAGCGCAAGCUUGUUGAGACGCAGGAGCGUCUGGCGAAUCGGCUGGCCAACGGGCCAAUGGUCAACGGCGGCGCAGACCCCAGACGGCAGAUUGGCUAUGUGACGGAGCUGAACUGA